AUGCGAAAUCCAUUGUCCCCUCUUGAGAACACGAUCGGGGCUUUGAGUUGCGACGCUACGACAAGUCCAGCCAAGGUGCCGACGCCAGCAUUGCCAUAUGAUUGCGAUGUCGACGUAGAGAAUUCCGAGCCUCAGACACACUCCGGUCUCCCUCCAUCUUCAGCCUACGUGUCAAGCCCGACGAAACGGACAGCAUCUCCUUCGAAACGUUCGCCAGUGAAAUACAGACUACAGGAUGAUACUUUAGCCAUGCAGUCACCUCCUGACUCUCCUGCGCAAUCGACUUUACGCUUCAAUGAAGGCAUGACGAGAGCGAUUGGUGAAAUGGAACAUGACGCUGGAUCGAGGAAGAGUUCUGUCAAUUAUACAGCCCUGAAUGAGGAUAUGAGCACGAUACAUGAAAAUGGUUCGAAGGAUCAACACGACGAGGACACUCUCGACAACGAUGUCACACUCGGCAUGGACGAUACGUUGCACAACGGCACUGCUGGCGACUUGAGCACUAUUUCAGCUAUACCUACUGACAUGACUCGUUUCGCAAGUCUACAAAACUCUCCUGUAAAGGGAGUGCCUCUCGACGGCUGCACUCCACGUGCCAAUCGCAACUCCAUAGCCAUGUCGACCCCUGCUACUGGUCAGAGGCCCUUACAGCUGUUAUCGAGAAGGAGCACCUCCUCGAACGAAGAUGAAGAAGCUACACCUAGGAAGUCUAGAUAUUCUGCAGAAUCCUCAGUCGACCUAAUGAACUUCACAGGCCAAACAAACAUAUUGAUGCCACCUCCAGGAUCCGCACCAAGGACUGCUAGAAGAAGUCCUUCUGGUCGCGGCGCCUUUCCUAUACGUGUCAACCCUACCCUUGCACAUAGAUCGCAGGCUUCGGUCGAUCGAGAACGAGCUACUGGGAGAUCACCACAGAAAUUUAGUCCCGACCAACCAGUGCCUGAAACUCCAGCCAGCUCGCGACAUAGUCAGUCUUCAUCAAAUGGCUUUGGUUUAGAUCUGCUUGACAUUGACCUUGGACCAAUGGCCACUCCUAGAUCAAUUCCUACCGUCACCCCUCGUGAAUUAGAAACACUUCGAUCGGAAAUGCAAUCAAGAAUAUCGGGCCUCGAGGCUACACUAUCCGGCAAGGAAGCAGAAGUAAUGGCUCUGAAAAAGUCUAUCACGGAUGCUGAGGUUAGAGCUGGGAAGUCAGGUGAAGAGCUGAGGAUUGAGAGACAGGAGAAGGAAGAAAUACAAAUUCAGAAAGACGAGCUAGACAGGAGAGCAAGAGAGAUGGAGGCUGUACUGAGAGAAGUCAAGCAAAAUGCGUUCGUUGAGGAACGGGAACGAGAGAAGCUGAAAAGACAGGCCGAGGAGGCGGAACGGAGGACAGAAGAAUGUGAAGUCAAGAUACUGGAAUUGAAAGCGUCACUGGAUACCCUUCGAUCGGACCGGGUGAGAUGUUCGCCGAGCCCGCUGAGAAUGUUGGACGAGCCAGCAACGCCUGGCUCUAGCUCCGGCUCACCCGUCGAUGUCGACGCUGCAGUCAAGAAUGCUACAGAAACUGUUGCAAGAGAAUUACAUGCAUUAUACAAGUCGAAGCACGAACGAAAAGUCGCUGACCUCAAGCUCAGUUAUGAGAAGAGGUGGUUGAAGCAGGUCGAUGCUCUGAAGGCUGAGCUAAAAGAGUCACAAGAUGAGGUAGCCAGGUUGUUAAUUGAGCGAGAUGCAACGCUCACUGGUUUCGCACCAGGACAUAAUGAGGCGCUUUCUAAAAUGGAAGGUCAAAUAGAAGAGCUUAGGAGGUGGAAUGAAGAUCUUUCGGCUCAGAAGAGGGUCGUCGAGGCUGAACUUACUGGGUCCAGGUCCGAGCUUGACACCAUCAAAAGAGAGAACGAUCAACUCCGUCUUAAUCUCGAAACAGAACGCAUCGAAAAAGGCGAUCUUGUUGCUCAAGUCGAGGUUUUCUUGACAGUUAGUGCUGAGCAGGAGCGCGAAAGGGAAGCUGAACGAGAAGCGCGUGAAGCAAGAGAACGAGAACGGCAGCCUGUCAGUCCGCCUAGGAGUGACGCAUCAGGCGAAAGCUUGGUGGGUAGUGUACCGCUGCAACAAAUACAGAGCCCAAACAAACCAAGGACCAUGAAUGGUGCCGUAGGAUCCAGUGGUAGGCCAAGACCUAUGAGUAUGCUGGUGAAGCCGGUAGCCAACAAGUAUGGCUCAGGGAUUCCAGCGCCUGGAAAUUCAGGACUGAAAGUCAGCACUGGUGGUGGGAUAUUCUUAGGACAUCGGGAACGGUGGAAAAUGCUGUUGAGCGAUCUGGUAGCACCGGACGCUUCUAAGAAGCUGAUUCGAAUGCAACGACAAUUCGAACCACUUCACUAUCUGUACAAAUAUUACUUUUAUACUGCUGUUGCGUAG